CCGCCAGUUGAGCAGAAAGCUGCUUGAAGACCUAAAGAGCUCUUAACCUCUUAACCUCUUAACCUUUUAACCUUGUAUUGUUUAGUCAGUAUCUCAAGAUUAUUGUCGUUUUCUAGUUAACAAAAUUGAACAAGCAAAUGUCCUAGCUUAGACAGUUUUACUGACUAGUUGUUCAUGUCCUGAGCAGUUUAAAGGCCAGAGCUAGCUGAGUUAGCAAUUGAGCUAGCUACUUAAAAAGGUUAGCUGACCUUGGCUGACCUUAGCUGACCUUGGCUGACCUUGGUUGACCUUAGCUGACCUUGGCUAAAGAUCAUUGUUAAUUGGCAAUAACUGGACCAGCUUAAUCCAUUUGAUCUUCAACAUUUAACCCCCUACUACAUUGAAAAUGAAAGCUGCAGAGGAUCAGGUUGUUGAAGAUGAUAAUAGUUUCCAGGAUGAUGAGGAGUCCUUCUUCCAAGACAUCGACCUCCUACAGAAACACGGCAUUAAUGCGGCAGACAUCAAGAAGAUGAAGUUAGUGGGUAUCUGCACUGUGAAGGGGAUUCAGAUGACUACUCGCAAGGCUUUGUGCAACAUCAAGGGCCUGUCAGAGGCGAAAGUGGAAAAAAUCAAGGAGGCUGCUGGGAAAAUGCUGAAUGUUGGUUUCCAGACCGCCUUUGAGUACAGUGCGAAGAGGAAGCAGGUGUUCCACAUCACAACCGGGAGCCAGGAGUUUGAUAAACUUUUGGGUGGAGGUAUAGAGAGCAUGGCUAUCACAGAGGCCUUUGGAGAGUUCCGCACAGGGAAAACCCAGCUGUCUCACACAUUCUGUGUCACUGCUCAGCUGCCUGGAGAGGAUGGCUACUCGGGCGGGAAAAUCGUCUUCAUCGACACGGAGCACACCUUCUCCAGUCGUCCAGACAGACUGAAAGACAUCGCCGACAGGUUUAAUGUGGACCACGGUGCUGUGCUGGACAACGUGCUUUACGCCCGGGCCUACACCAGUGAACACCAGAUGGAGCUGUUGGACUUUGUCGCAGCCAAAUUCCACGAGGAAGGAGGAGUGUUCAAACUAUUGAUCAUCGACUCCAUCAUGGCUCUGUUCAGAGUCGACUUUUCUGGUCGAGGCGAGCUGGCCGAGCGGCAGCAGAAACUGGCCCAGAUGCUCUCCAGGCUGCAGAAGAUCUCUGAAGAGUACAACGUCGCAGUGUUCCUCACCAACCAAAUGACAGCUGAUCCCGGUGCAGGAAUGUCGUUUCAAGCUGAUCCCAAGAAGCCAAUAGGUGGGCAUAUCCUGGCCCACGCCUCCACCACACGGAUCAGCUUGAGGAAGGGGCGUGGAGAGAUGAGAAUUGCCAAAAUAUUUGACAGUCCCGAUAUGCCUGAGAAUGAGGCCACUUUCGCCAUCACUGCUGGAGGAAUCACUGAUGCCAAAGAGUGAAGGAGAAAAGGAAGUGUUGUUUGCACAGUCCCCUGUUCCCGUCAGCUUAAAGUUAUUUAAAGUAUUAUUAAUGGAUUUAUUUAUUGAGUUUUAUAACUUUUAUAUAACUUCUUAAAGUUACACUCUUGUACCAUGGUAAGUUUGAUGUAUUUAUUCUAUUUAUACACUUUGUAGUGUUUUUGUUGUGCUUCAUAGCUGUUAAAAUAAACACAAAAAAGACAACA